CGUAUCCUUACAACAUCUACAGAAUGCUCAAACCGUGGAAUGUUGGCACACGAUUACUACAGCUAACACACCUCAUUAUUUUUUUUUGGUACAAAAAGACAGAUGGGACACACUGCACUAGACUAGCGGGUUUGUUGCAAUCGUCUCAAAUUGCACCGGAGAUCGCUUUUUAAUUUAAUUUAUUUGGAAUUCUCCAGUGAAAGCGUUUGCGCCAGCGACUAUACGUGACGUCAAAACCAGUAUGGCGGUCGAGGUGCAAUCCACCAAACGAGCGGACCCGAACGAGCUGAAGGUUAUUUUUCAGAAGCAUGCCAGUGUUGUAGAUGCAGAUGGCGAGAAGUUGAUGACCCCGGGGGACUUUGUGCAGAAGUACCUGGGCCUGCACACACACAUCCACCACAACCCCAAAACGGUCCAGCUCAUCGCCGGUGUAGCCGACACAACCAAGGACGGGCUGAUCUCAUUCCAGGAGUUCUUGGCGUUUGAGUCAGUGCUGUGUGUUCCGGACGCUCUCUUUAUCGUAGUCUUCCAGCUGUUUAACAAGACGGGCACUGGAGACAUCUCAUUUGAGAAUGUGCGGGACAUCUUCAUCCAGACCACUGUGCACCACCACAUCCCCUUUAACUGGGACUGUGGGUUCAUCUGCCUGCACUUUGGACACGACCGCAAGAAAUGCCUCGGCUACCUCGAGUUCACCCAGUUUCUACAGGAGUUGCAGUUGGAGCAUGCACGCCAGGCCUUUGCCCAGAAGGACAAGAACAAGAGCGGCACCAUCUCUGCCGUGGACUUCAGUGACAUCAUGGCCACAAUCCGACACCACAUGCUUACACUGUUUGUGGAGGAAAACCUGGUUUCGGCUGCGGGGGGCAGCACCUCUCACAUGGUCAGCUUCUCCUACUUCAACGCCUUCAACUCUCUACUCAACAACAUGGAGCUGAUCCGCAAGAUCUAUAGCACGCUGGCCGGGACCCGCAAGGACGCACAGGUCACUAAAGAGGAGUUUGCCCAUGCUGCCAACAGGUUUGGCCAGGUCUCUCCCAUGGAGAUUGACAUCCUGUACCAGCUAUCAGGCCUACACUCCCACUCUGGGCGUCUGAACUUUGCUGACAUUGAGAGGAUAGCCCCGCUGGAGGAGGGAGCGCUGCCCUAUCACCUGGCCGAGUUACAGAAACAGCAGAGCCAGGGUGAUGGUUCCAGGUCCGUACUGCUGCAGGCCGCAGAGUCGGCCUACCGGUUCAGCUUGGGCUCCAUUGCUGGAGCUACGGGAGCCACGGCAGUGUAUCCGAUAGACCUGGUGAAGACCAGGAUGCAGAACCAGAGGAGUACAGGCUCGUUCGUAGGAGAGCUCAUGUACAAGAACAGCUUUGACUGUGCCAAGAAGGUGCUGCGCUACGAAGGCUUCUUUGGCUUCUACAGAGGUCUUCUUCCCCAGCUCAUAGGCGUGGCUCCAGAGAAGGCAAUCAAACUUACGAUGAAUGACUUUGUGAGAGAUAAGUUCACUGGUAAAGACGACACCAUUCCCUUCGCUGCUGAGGUGCUGGCCGGAGCCUGUGCAGGGGGUUCCCAGGUGGUCUUUACUAACCCGCUGGAGAUAGUUAAGAUCAGACUGCAGGUGGCAGGAGAGAUCACAACAGGACCCAGAAUUGGCGCCCUCAGUGUCAUCCGAGACCUUGGCUUGUUCGGCCUCUACAAGGGCGCUAAAGCAUGUUUAUUGAGAGACAUCCCGUUCUCAGCCAUCUUCUUCCCAGUGUACGCCCACACCAAGGCUCAGUUUGCAGACGAGCAGGGUAGACUAGGCCCGUUACAGCUGCUAGCUUCUGGAGCCAUCGGAGGCAUCCCUGCUGUCUCCCUGGUGACACCUGCUGAUGUCAUCAAGACUCGCUUGCAGGUAGCAGCGAGGGCGGGACAUACUACCUACACUGGAGUCAUGGACUGUUUCAGGAAAAUCGCGCAGGAGGAGGGAUUUGGAGCACUGUGGAAGGGAGCAGGAGGUGUGUGUUGUGGUGUUUGUGUGUCAGUGACUACACAAAUGGGAAUUCACUUUCUCUGUCUCGCUCUCUUCCCCCCCCCAGCUCGUAUGUGUCGAUCCUCUCCUCAGUUUGGAGUAACUCUGGUGACCUAUGAGCUUCUACAGAGGUGGUUAUCUGUGGACUUCGGAGAACAUCGUGUGGCAGGGUCUGAGCCCACUCCUAAAUCUCGUAUCGCUGAGCUUCCUCCGGUCAGUGCUGACCACGUGGGAGGCUACCGUCUGGCCGCGGCCACCUUCGCUGGCGUGGAGAACAAGUUUGGCCUCCACCUGCCCAAGUUCAAGUCCUCCGGAGUGGUCUCCAUUCACCCUGACCCCGUUGACCCCUCUUCUGCCCCCCCUCAAGAGGAGGCUUCCACCUCCCUAAAGACUGGCCUCUAACUGCCUGCCACCACCACUCUAGAGGCUAUGCACUUAGACAGACAUGCAUACUGAUCAACACACUCAUUUUGAGGGGCCAUGUACACCAAAAUGUACACUCCUAGGGGCCAUGUGCACAGUUAUAAACACCCCAGGGUCUACUCUAGUGCUCUAACCCUGGUCCUGGAGAGCUGACUGUAGGUCCAUUGUUGAAGCAAGCAUUAACCUGAACACUACUGUUGUAUCUUCCGUGGCUACAUGCACCUCUCCUUUUUUUCUUUCCGUUCCACUUUUCAUAUGAAACCAGUGGUUUGAAAGGAUCUCUCGCUCUCAUUUUUAUAUAUAUGAUAAUUUUUUGGGGGGGCUACUAUGAUUGGACAGUGUGUGGGAGAUAUUUGAUUGGAGGGCAUGUGUAAGGCUUUACUCUAAGUGGGCCUUGCACAGGAAGUUACUGUACAUAUUGUAGAUCUGCUGUACAGAGACGUGACACAGCUGGAGAGGAACGUUAUUACUGAUGUUAGAGCAAUAUUAAUGUAACAUUGGAGAACAAUGUUAUGGUAAUCCCAUGAUAGCGUAACGUUUCAGUAACGUUAAAAAGCAACGUGACUAAUGUUGGAGUUACGUUAGAUUGACGUUGAGCCUUCGUCUCUUGAGAAUCACUCUUACUGAUGUACAGACCUUUUCAAACUGUUUAUUGAGGAGAAUCAUGGGCAAAGGAUUAGGUAACUUAAAUUCAUUCAGUGUAUUUUAUUGAAAUAAAUAAUUUAGUUUCACACCUGAAAAAAA